CUAGGAAGGAGGCGAUUAGAUCUCACCAACCAGCUAAUGGUCACAGCUCAGAGGCGGAGCCUGGGGAACGGUGCCUGGACCCGUCGCCAAUGGGAAAAGGCAGGCUUGUAGCUUUAAAGGGGAAUAAAUGCUUCGGCCGAACCAAGUCCUGAGUUCCCAGCGGAGGAGGGGACCUGAUCCUUUAAGAGACCCCCCCGGCCGCCCUCCUCCUUCCUUUGUACCUGUGGCUGGGGGGGUAUCCCCUCCCUCCACAACAUGGAGCCAUCUCCUCUGUCUCCCAGUGGGGCAGCACUCCCCCUGCCGUUGUCGCUGGCUCCACCCCCACUACCCCUGCCAGCAGCUGCAGUGGUACAUGUGUCCUUCCCUGAGGUGACCAGUGCCCUCCUGGAGUCCCUCAAUCAGCAGCGUCUUCAGGGCCAGCUCUGUGAUGUGUCUAUCCGAGUACAGGGCCGGGAGUUCCGGGCUCAUCGGGCUGUGCUGGCUGCCUCCUCCCCUUACUUCCAUGAUCAGGUCCUACUCAAGGGCAUGACCUCCAUCUCGCUGCCCAGUGUCAUGGACCCAGGCGCCUUCGAGACUGUCCUAGCUUCCGCUUACACUGGCCGCCUUAGCAUGGCUGCUGCUGACAUUGUCAACUUCCUCACGGUGGGGUCUGUGCUCCAAAUGUGGCACAUUGUGGACAAGUGCACUGAACUACUCCGAGAAGGCCGGGCUUCAGCUACCACCACCGUCACUACUGCUGCAGCCACCUCUGUCACUGUCCCUGGUGCUGGGGUCCCAUCCGGGAGUGGGGGCACUGUGGUCCCUUCUACCAUGGGCUCUGUGCGCUCCCAUGCCUCCAGCCGAGCCAGUGAGAAUCAGUCUCCCAGCAGCAGCAACUACUUCAGCCCCAGGGAGUCCACUGAUUUCUCAUCUUCCUCCCAAGAGGCAUUUGCAGCUUCUGCAGUGGGCAGUGGGGAGCGUCGAGGAGGUGGCCCUGUAUUCCCAGCCCCUGUCGUUGGCAGUGGGGGCGCCACCUCUGGGAAGCUGCUGCUGGAGGCAGAUGAACUGUGCGAUGACGGUGGGGAUGGAAGGGGGGCAGUGGUCCCUGGGACUGGGCUCAGGAGACCCACCUACACACCCCCUAGCAUCAUGCCACAGAAACACUGGGUAUAUGUGAAGCGAGGUGGUAAUUGCCCAGCACCAGCACCCCUGGUUCCCCAAGACCCAGAUCUGGAGGAGGAAGAAGAGGAGGAAGACCUGGUGUUGACCUGUGAGGAUGAUGAAGAUGAAGAGCUAGGGGGUAGCUCCAGGGUUCCAGCUGGGGGAGGGCCUGAGGCUACCCUCAGCAUAAGUGAUGUCCGUACCCUGAGUGAGCCCCCAGACAAGGGGGAGGAGCAGGUCAACUUCUGUGAGUCCUCCAAUGACUUUGGCCCCUAUGAGGGUGGGGGUCCUGGAGCAGGUCUUGAUGACUCAGGGGGGCCAACUCCCUCUUCCUAUGCCCCCUCCCACGCUCCUCGACCGCUCCUUCCCUUGGACAUGCAGGGCAACCAGAUCCUGGUCUUCCCAUCGUCUUCAUCCUCCUCACAGGCUCCUGGCCAACCACCAGGGAACCAAGUAGAACACGGGGCAGUGACCCUGGGGGGCACGUCCGUGGGAGGCCUGGGGGUCCCUGGUAGCGCUGGUGGGGUUCCUGGAGGGACUGGUAGUGGGGAUGGGAAUAAGAUCUUUCUGUGCCAUUGUGGGAAGGCCUUCUCCCACAAGAGCAUGCGGGACCGGCACGUGAACAUGCACCUCAAUCUGCGGCCCUUUGACUGCCCCGUGUGCAACAAAAAGUUCAAGAUGAAGCACCAUCUGACUGAGCACAUGAAGACGCACACAGGUCUCAAGCCCUAUGAGUGCGGUGUCUGCGCCAAGAAGUUCAUGUGGCGGGACAGCUUCAUGCGCCACCGAGGACACUGUGAGCGCCGGCACCGCCUGGGUGGCGGCGGGGCUGGACCUGGGCCUGGGACGCCCACGGGGCCAACCUUGCCGGCCAAGAGAGAAUCCCCCGGAACAGGUGGGGGCAGCGGCGACGAGGCGAGUGCGGCCACGCCCCCGUCCAGCAGACGAGUGUGGUCCCCACCCAGCGUCCACAAGGUGGAGAUGGGCUUCAGUGGAGGCGGAGGAGCAAACUGAAGGGGCAGCCUACUGGGGUGGGGGUAGCUUUUGGGGAAGAGGGAAUAAGCACGAUCCAACGGCGGUUUGGCCCCCAGUGGGUCUCCCACCACAAUUACUGUCUUCCUUUAUCUCUAUGGACUUGUAUAUAUGCUGGGAAGGGGAACCGCAGUUGCACCAUCGCCCGCCCAUUCUACUCCUCAACCCCUUCCUCCCAAGGAAUUUCUGGAACUAAGCCCUUCCUUUCCCUCUUAUGGGUACACUGAAGCCCCGGCUCCACAGAGUAGGGUGCACAUGGAGGGAGGGAGAGGGGGCGUGUUGUGCAUCCUGCAGUCACAGGGUCAAGGGUCAGGUGGUUGUAGUCUGUGCCUGAAGUCUGUGUUUGUGUUGUCUUGGGACCAGGCCUUUGAGCCCCACCCUUGUCCUAAAACCUACCCCAUCUCAAGGAUGCGCUCUUUAUUCUACCCUGUCUCUCCCCACCCACCCCACCUCCCGGGGAAAUCCCCAACUCGGUUCUCUUAGAGGAGUGGGUGGAGACAAGGAGGGAGUAAGUAGUAGGAGUACAAGGUUUUUAUUUUUUUUAACAGUGAUUAAAAUAUUUAUUGGUCAUUUA